AGGAAAAAAGGAGAGGCCUUCUUCAGUGAAGGAAGGCAACUUGUUGUGUCCAAAAACGGGUGAUGACAUCAAGACUUUCCUUGUGGACAUGGUGGAGAGAAUCGAGGAACAUGAUGGCAUACCAGACGUCCUAUAUCAGCUCAGCUCCAACAUCUCAACAGCUGUUAAAGCUGAUGAAGUUUUCCUUUUCAUGGUUGGUGCACAGGAAAAUAGUUUGUAUCUGUGCAGUGAAGGGGAGGAGUGCAUCCAGUUAACUCCCUUUGCUCCAAUUGAUCCUGGAACAAACAUCGUUGCUCAUGUAGCCCACAGCAGGCAACCAGUAUUUUCAGAGGACAUCUUAGGAGAUGAGCGCUUCCCAUUAGGGACUGGCCGGGAUGGUAGUCUAGCCAAGUCUGUCCUGAGUCUCCCUCUCAUUCAACCCAAUGGAGAGAUUGUGGCUGUGAUUGAGUUGAGUCGGCAAGUUGGCAGCCCACCCUUCACGCAACAAGAAAAGCAGGUGUGCAACGUUUCUUUGUAA